UUGCUUUCAGUUUGCUUCGGAUAUUUUUAAAACUUUUAAAACACACCUGAGUCACAUUUCUGUCUAAUGAGCAGGGGUAUUUAAGUUCUGUCUCUGGGAGCACUCUUUGUCUUGUGUUUGUCGAGUUCGCUUCAUGUUCUUGUUGAUCUUGUUCAUGUACCUUGUGUGAGUUUUGUAUUGCGCUGAUUAAACCAUACCUGCACUUGCGUCCACCUCAGACUCCAAUCCCUGACAUUUGUUAGUUUACAGAAACAUUCACUUCAGUUUUUCUAAAUGCACUGUUUACUAUAGAGAAGAGCACACACUAUAGAGCAAAUCCUGCUCCAUUUUUCACUGAGAGAUAAGGCAACAUAAGAGCGGUGCAGUGAACAGUUUGCUCUUCACUCUGAAACAGUUCCUGUUUGUUACAAAUGAAAGGGUGUGUGUUGUAUCUCACAUAAAAAUGCUCACACAGUGAAAUGCAAUACAGCACAGUGGAUGCUUUUAACGGUGGAUAAUAUUCACAGGCCAGAGCUUUCACAAAGGCGUGGACAGGUUAGACCCAGUGACGUCUAUUGAGGUGGCAUUCUAGGGUGGGAUAAAAUACUAAUACACAUCCAUAGAAAAUAACAUAAUGUGGCUACCCCUGUGUCUGUGUAAGGACUGAGUAGAAUCUCCGUCAGACAUAAAAAGCACACAGCUAAGCAGUAUUUGUUCUUCGUCUAGCAACAGUUUUAAAGCUACUGUCAUUGUUGUCAAAGUGUAGCAUAAACUAAUUUAAUUUAAAUGCAUUUAUUGUCAUUAAAUGAACAUGCACAUAUGAUGUGCAUGCUGUUAGCUCUUGUUCUAGAAAUUGUACUAAUAUUUAAUGUCUGAUUUUUUUUUUCCCCUCUGUUGUUCUCCACAGUUAUGGGUUCAUCUGUGCACUUCCUUCUGCUUUUCUCAGGUCACUUGAAGCUUUUGUUAAUCUGUAAAAGUCUCAUCUGUUUCAUUAUCAUACUACUCAGCUCAUGAGAGAUUCUUAUCCCAGCAGGACUGUGGGCUCUCGCUUUAUGUGCAUCUCGUCAGUUUUAUGUGGUGAAAGAGGAAAUGAACUGGGCCGAAGCUCAGCAAUACUGCAGAGUGAGUUACACUGACCUGGCCACCAUCGAGAACAAAGAUGAAAUGAAUGCUGUAAAGGACGUUCUUAACGGGAGCAGAGAAAAUUUCUGGAUUGGACUGAAGCAGGUUAAUAGCACUUCCUCGACUGGUAAUGACAAGAGGUCCUGGGUCUGGUCAGAUAACACUCAGUUCUCAUACGAGUACUGGAAUGAUAACGAGCCAAACAACAAUGGGACUGAAAACUGUGUGGAAAUCUGGGGACAAAGUGAAAAGAAUAAAUGGAAUGAUGCAGAAUGCCAUUACAAGAUCAGAUCUGUCUGCUAUAAAAAACGAACUCCACUCAUCGUGAUUGCUGAGAAGAAGACGUGGAAAGAAGCCCUGAAGUUCUGCAGACAGAAUCACGUGGACCUGGUUUCUGUUUACUCGCAGGAAAUGCAGGACUGGGUGGAAGUAGUCACUAAAAAUGCCUCCACUAACAUGUGGAUUGGCCUUCGUCACACCUGCGCUCUGGGCUUCUGGUACUGGGUGAGAGGAGAGAUGAUCUGCUACCAAAACUGGGCUCCAGGUAACGGAACCGGAGUGGAGGAUUGUGGUGAUGUGGAGAGAACCGGAGCGGUGCUGUCUGAGAGUAAGAAGUGGGUCAGCCUGCCACAGACUGACGAACUCUCCUUCAUCUGUAUCACCUUCUAGUGGAGGCUACGAGAAGUGGACGCAUGGAAUUCAGCUGGAUCCUCGUAGUUCAGGACCAGACAUUUCUUUCUCUAUUUGCAAGUACAACAAUUAAUUGAUGAAUUUCAGAAUAAUGUUGAGUUUCUUUAUGGUGUUGGUGUUGGUCUUAUGGUGUAUGGCUUUUACUCCAAAAUAGCUAUUUGUAUCUUUACUGUUAGCUCUGUUAGCUACUAAAACUAGACUAUGUGAGGCUUUUUGUUCCCAUGGGCUUUGUUUUAUUAGCAGUAAUAUGUUGCUUAGCUGUUUUAUGUGUUAUGUACAGGCAUACCCUGUACAAAGUGUGAAUGUUUUAUUUUGUGCAUUAAAAUUAAGCUGCACAAUAAAAUGAAAAUGUCACAGUUGAUAUUUCUCACUUUGACAAUCUACUUCAGUGUAACUAGCUACUUUAUCAACACAGUGGUAUUGAUCAUUGAAAUCAUGAGCGGCUUGUAGCCUGACAAGUUACAACUGCAAUGUAGCUUCCCCAACACUGUUGAUGUGUAAAUUGCUGUUCUUUGCUAAGCUUUUAUCAUCAAUCACAAAUAAAUAAAGUAACCGGAGACUUUGUUUAUGGUUUUUAAUUCAUUUUUUAUGUAUCAGAAUUACACUACAUGGCCAAAAGUAUGUGCACACCUGACCACACACCCACUGAAGUUCAGGAGUUUACGGACUUUUGGCUAUAGAGUAUACAUUUAACAUCAUAUUUAACAA